AUGCUGUCAACAUGUAAGAUGGCGACCCUUCACAGGCAGAAUGCUGCCGGUCGGAGGAAAGUGCAGGUCUCAUAUGUAAUUAGAGAUGAAGUUGAGAAGUACAACCGCAAUGGAGUUAAUGCAUUACAGCUGGAUCCAACUCUUAAUCGACUUUUUACCGCUGGUCGAGACUCCAUCAUCAGGAUAUGGAGCGUCAACCAGCACAAGCAGGAUCCAUACAUAGCGUCAAUGGAACAUCACACAGAUUGGGUCAAUGACAUUGUUCUCUGCUGCAAUGGAAAAACAUUGAUAUCUGCUUCAUCUGACACUACAGUAAAAGUCUGGAAUGCACAUAAAGGAUUUUGUAUGUCAACAUUGCGAACCCAUAAGGAUUAUGUGAAAGCCUUAGCGUAUGCUAAAGACAAAGAACUUGUGGCCUCGGCAGGGUUGGACAGGCAGAUCUUUCUGUGGGAUGUGAAUACAUUAACGGCACUGACUGCCUCUAAUAACACUGUCACUACAUCUUCUCUUAGUGGAAACAAGGAUUCAAUCUACAGUCUGGCCAUGAACCAAAUGGGCACAGUAAUAGUAUCUGGAUCCACUGAAAAGGUUUUAAGAGUAUGGGACCCACGCACCUGUGCCAAGCUCAUGAAGUUAAAAGGACAUACAGACAAUGUAAAAUCAUUGCUCCUCAAUCGAGAUGGCACUCAGUGUCUGUCAGGCAGCUCAGAUGGCACAAUCAGGCUGUGGUCACUGGGGCAGCAGAGGUGUAUAGCCACAUAUCGUGUUCAUGAUGAGGGCGUGUGGGCACUGCAGGUUAAUGAAGCAUUUACACACGUGUACUCUGGAGGCCGGGACCGUAAGAUUUACUGCACAGAUCUACGCAAUCCAGAUAUACGGGUGCUUAUCUGUGAAGAGAAGGCCUCUGUUCUCAGGAUGGAACUGGACAGGUCAGCAGACCCACCGUCAGCCAUCUGGGUCUCCACCACAAAGUCCACCGUUAACAAAUGGUCUCUGAAGGGCAUGCACAAUUUUAGAGCAUCUGGUGAUUACGACAAUGACUGCAGUACUCCUCUGACACCGCUGUGCACACAGCCAGACCAGGUCAUUAAAGGUGGAGCCAGUAUAAUUCAGUGCAACAUUCUGAAUGACAAGCGACACAUACUCACCAAAGACACCAACAACAAUAUAGCAUAUUGGGACGUGCUAAAGGCAUGUAAAGUUGAAGAUUUGGGCAAGAUGGAGUUUGAUGAGGAGAUCAAAAAACGUUUUAAGAUGGUUUAUGUGCCUAACUGGUUCUCUGUUGAUCUUAAAACAGGGAUGCUAACUAUUACACUUGAUGAAAGUGAUUGCUUCGCUGCCUGGGUCUCAGCCAAAGAUGCCGGAUUUUCCAGUCCUGAUGGAUCAGACCCAAAAUUGAAUCUUGGUGGGCUCCUUCUCCAAGCUCUACUUGAGUACUGGCCCAGGACACACAACGCUCCCAUGGAUGAUGAAACGGAACUGAACCAUGUAAAUGGUGAGCAUGAGAGCAGGCUACAGAAAGGAAAUGGUUAUUUCCAAGUGCCACCACAUACUCCAGUUAUCUUUGGUGAGGCAGGUGGAAGGACUUUGUUCAGGUUGCUGUGUCGAGACUCUGGAGGCGAGACUGAGUCUAUGCUGCUCAAUGAGACAGUUCCACAGUGGGUAAUUGACAUCACAGUGGAUAAGAACAUGCCCAAAUUCAACAAAAUCCCGUUCUACCUUCAGCCUCACUCCUCAUCUGGUGCCAAGACAUUAAAAAAAGACCGACUGUCAGCAAGUGACAUGCUCCAAGUAAGAAAAGUGAUGGAACAUGUUUAUGAGAAGAUAAUUAAUCUAGACAACGAGUCCCAGACAGGUAGUUCAGCUGGAGAAAAGACUAGUGAGCAGAAAGAUGAAGAGGACAUGGGAGUACUUGCAGAGGAGAAGAUUGAGCUGCUCUGUCAGGACCAGGUUUUGGAUCCCAACAUGGAUUUGCGAACAGUGAAGCAUUUUAUAUGGAAGAGUGGGGGUGACCUUACACUUCACUACAGGCAGAAGUCCACAUAAUGAGCCUCAUCCCAACAUUUGUUCACAAUUCCUGUUCAAAACAAUGGGCCCAGUGCAUCUCUGUCCAUUUCUUAAUGAAAUCUGAUGCAUGAGACACUUUCACCUACAACAGUUCAUGGUCUGUAAUUCUCAACACAGAGCUCACUGGAUCUGCCAGUUUUUUUAAGGACAGGACAGUAAGAGAGAUACUGUGAAGAUUCAGCUGACAAAUAGAAAUAGUGAUUUUUAUCUUUUGAUUUUUAUUUAAUAUGCCAUCUGUUUUGACUAUUUAAAAUGCAUAUUGACGUUUUGUGCGGUGUUCAUUCUUUUUACAUGUUCUUUUACCAGGAUGUUUAAGAAUUUAUGUAUCAUGUAUAGGUUGUGAGUGUGAGCACCCCACAAUCAAAGUCCUUAUUAACACCUAUUAAUGGGCAGUGGAAGCUCAGUGGUUAAAUUACUGCCACUGUUGGACCCCUGAGUAAGGUCCCUAACCCUCAAUUGUUCAAAUUGUAUUCAAUAAUAAUUGUAAGUCACUUUGGAUGAAAGUAUCUGCUAAAUGCCUCGAAUGUAAAUGUACUACCACAAAACAUGUAAAUAAUCGGGUAACUAAUCCUGACACUUAUUAAGGUGGCUGAUUUAUUACAUUAGCACAGAGAGGAAAAGGAGAAACAUCUGCAAUUUAAAGUGCAUUAGAGAUGUAAUAGCUGUCAGCUGUUUGUGCCAAGACAACAUGCUUUAUUUAAAUAGUCACAGCCCCAUAAUAUUUGUCAUUCAUGAGCCAAUCAUCUACCAACAACAAAACACUGUAAAGUGAAGACACACCUGAUUCAUGUAUUUCACUAAUACUGAUAAUGCAUUAUAUGUUGUUUGGACCCAUUUGAUGUGUUAAAAGUCGGUUAGGUUGUGUUGUGAGUGAGAGACCAGAGAUUUUUACUGACCCGUCUCUUUACAUUCCAGAGAUGUUUGUUAUAUCUUGAUAUCUUGAUUUUUCUUGUAUGGAAAAAAAGAAAACUCGAAAUUAACCAAUAGUUUUGGGUCUAAAUUAUAACUGUUAGGUAUUUUAGUUAAAUUUGCAGGAGCGCUGCUUUCACAAACUUCCAUGUUAUUUAGUCUAGAAGCAUAGACAUGCAUUAAGGCUUUUGUAAAGCUGGUACAUUUUCACCAAAACUGAUGUGUCAUUCACGUUUGCUGUGUUAUAUACAUUUGUGCCGCUGUUUUGUACAUACUGUAAUUAUUUUGUAAACGCUUUUACCUGAAUCAUUCCUUUCAAAAUCAGGAUGUUUUUAUUUCCUAUGUAAUUCUAUUAAUCCCAAAAGGUGCUUUUAUUUUUAAAUAUUAAAAGAAAUAAUCAAUUUAGUCCCAGCCCUGCUGUGAAUUAUAAAAGAUUUAGUAGUUUCAUGUGCUCCAAUCACUACUAUUGACCUGUUCAGCCAAGAGUGGACUGAUGUAAAGCAUAGGUUCUCAAGCUUUAUAAAUAAUUUAGCACCCAGAUCACAUCAGUUUCUCGAAGCACCAGCUACACUACAUGUGGCUACCUGCUUGUGACCAUGUUUAAAAUCUCAUGUAUUUAUUAAUUGUUAUUAAUAUGAAGUUCUUCCCCUUGUAGCUGUAUCAGCCUUUAUUAUGCUGGAAAGGUGUUUCGCAAUAUGUUUGCGUCUGGCUGGGGAGAUUUGUACCCACAUAUACUGAUCCACUUAACAUGGUUUAAAUUACAGUUACAAAAACUACGGAUUAAAUUCUUUUUGUUUCAGUGCAUGCAACAUUAUUUCUAAGAUCAUCUGGAGUACCACCUGGGGGAGCUAUACCCCCAGUGGUUUUCGUAUCAUAGUUUGCGAACCACUGCUGCCAUGGGUUUUGAAUGCAAAAAAAGGUAAUAAAUUAUAAAUACAGAAUAUCAUUUAUUUAUAAAAACUGUGCUUUGCAGAAUGCAUAAAUCAUGACUUACGUUUGCACAAUGUUAUAGAAAUGUAUUAUAUUUUGGAUUUAGUCCAAAAUGCUAAAUAAACUAAUGUACUUUAAAA